CAUGACAACAUGCGGACUUCAUCUGUCGCUCUGCUCCUCGGUGUGUGUGUGCUGCUGCUGUCUGCACUGACUGUUUCUGCAGUCUCUCUGACCGUCAGUCCAAACCUGCAGCAGUUCUUCACAGGAGCCUCAGUGUCUCUGACAUGUGAAGGUCAGCUGGGCUCUGAUGGAUGGACGGUGAAGAGGGACACAGGAAGUGGGACUGAGUCAUGUGGAGCAGGUGGGCGGGGCUUUGGGAGGUUAACUGGUUCAUCCUGUUUGUUUGAUGAAUUCAACCCAGUCAGUGGAGUUUACUGGUGUGAAGGUGAAGCUGGAGAGAAAAGUGAAGAAGUCAACAUCACUGUAUCAGAUAAAGAAGUGAUCCUGGAGAUCCCUGCACUUCCUGUGAGGACUGGAAGUGAUGUCACACUACGCUGUAAGAAGAAAACUGGUGGCACAACUGCAGCUUAUUUCUACUUCAGUGGACGUCCUGUUAGACCUAAAACAGAGAAAAGCAUCACCAUUAAUGUGCAGCAGUCUGAUGAAGGUCUCUACUGGUGUUCUACUGAUGAGUUUGGAUCAUCUCCUCAGAGCUUUCUGAGGGUCAGAGGUCCUCUUCCUCCCACAACAACAACAACAAAAAACAAAACAGAAACAACAACAACAACAACGGAUACUGAUGUCUCCUGUCCACCUUCUCCUUCUGUUCACCUUCCUCCUCUCAAGCCCUUUGUCAUCCCAGUCAUAGCUGCUGUUUUUUCUCUGGUUCUUGUGUCUCUGGUUCUGGUUCUGGUUCGGCUUCUUUGGAAGAAACAUACAGUCCCCAAUGAGGCUCCUUCAAAUGAUGUCACCUAUUCUGAGGUCACCAGUAGAGAGUCAUCCAAUAAGAUGCCAGUCAUCCAACCAGAAAUGGUUUACUCCACCCUGAGGACAAACACUACAGCGCAGUGACCAACGUGCAUGACUGCACGUACAGGUGAGGACACAGGAAGCUGAGGACAAACCUGCAG